AUGGACAGACACACGAUUCUCCACGUCUUCCAGGAGUCCAUCGUGUCUCUAGCAGCAAAGGCCCCGUCGGGGAAAGAGGCUCCCAUCUGCUCCGACCACCGGUUCAUCGAGGCGGGGCAGUACAACAACCACCUCUACGGGACCAGCGUCCAGUCAGUGCACCAGGUGGCUGAGAGGGGUAAACACUGUAUCCUGGACGUGUCGGGAAACGCCAUCAAGAGACUCCAGCUGGCGCAGCUUCACCCCAUCGCCAUCUUCAUCAAACCCAAAUCUGUGGAGAACAUCAUAGAGAUGAACAAGCGCCUGACGGACGAUCAGGGCAGGAAAACCUUUGACAGAGCCGCCAAGCUGGAGCAGGAGUUCACAGAACAUUUCACAGCCGUGGUGCAGGGCGACACUCUGGAGGAGAUCUACGACCAGGUGAAGCAGAUCAUCGAGGAGCAGUCGGGUCCCUUCAUCUGGGUCCAGUCCAAGGAGAAGUUAUGAAGGUCCCGACGCCCGGGUCGCUCCGGCGCUGCUCUUUUUACAUCCACUUAGUUUUAUUUUGAAAGGAAGAGUCGCCCCCCCCUCUAACCCCCCCAGAAACGAGGCGGCGGCUCACCUGAAGGUAUUCUCAAUCUUUUUAAGUUUUUGCUCCAUGAAGACGACGGUUCGGUUUCCUGACCAGCAGGAAAGAGCACACAGGAAGUGACAUCACACUCGCCACGGUACAGCUCCUUAAUGUUUAAGGGAGGAAACUUCAGAGGAGAAUUCUUGACGGCGACGAGAAGAAACGUACGAAGCAGAUUUGUAUUUUUGGUUGUUUUUGUCUCGUAAGCAGGUGGGCGGAGUCUCUGACAGCUUUUGUCAGCCUGGAGGAAACGAGACGAAACAGAGACACAAAAACGCUAAACUUUGCACGUUUGAGCUUUAACAGCAUGUCAGUCAUCCCCGUUUAUUUCCCAUCAGCCCUUUCACCUCAGCGUCUGAUGUUGCGGCUUCUUUUUUUGUUGGUAUUUUUUACUUUUUGAUCCAGUUUUGUGUUUUUAACUUCCCGCGCCGCACGCUUCCAGAUGUCGCCAUCAGAUCUGCUUCUGGGGGUCGAUUCGUUCAAGCGUUGAUUUGAUUCUCUUCACGUCGGUGGGACUCCCAGGAAAAGUCUGUCAAAGUGGCUCGAAAUGUUCACAGAACCGAUUCUAAACGUCCCAGAAACCAAGAGAAACAACACGUCUGAACGUUUCCGCCACAUCUGGUAUCGUGAACCUCUACAGAUGACGGUUGACGUUGUAUUUUUAAAGAGAAAUGAUUUUUAAGAGAGCUGCUUCUGUAAACCAUGCAAUACACCUCAGCCAAGAGGGAACUAUAAAUGUUUAGAAAUGAAUUUUAUACCCAUGAAAAUGUUUAAAAGGUGAAAGGUGAAAUAUUUGAAAUAUAUUAGAAAGAUCUGUAUUUUGAAAUCACAAAGACGCUAUUUUAGUAGAAACUCAGAAUCACAUCCUUACUAUCACAACAAAGUGGUUUAAUUACAGGAAUUAUUUAGGAAUAAAAAGACACUAAGAGAAACA